AUGGACAACCUCUUCACAGCAUAUGGUACACCAAUCACUGUUGUUUCAGAUAACGGUAGACAAUUCAUUGCAGAAGAAUUCAAGACUUUCCUGAAGAAUAGUGGAGUGAAAUACCACAAACUAUCAGCACCAUAUCAUCCAUCAGCAAAUGGACAAGCGGAACGGUAUGUGCAAACAGUGAAAGACGUACUAUAUACAAUGAAAACUACGAAAGCAGCACUACAGAGUAAUCUUAACCAAUUCCUUCGACAAUAUCGCAAAGCACCACAUUCCACCACAGGACAGUCCCCAGCUCAAUUGUUCUUAGGACGAGACCUUCGCACUCGCCUCAAUCUAACGAGACCUGAUGAUAUAUCAACGAAAGUGAUGAUAUAUCAACGAAAAACAACGAGCUGA